AUGGAGGUGAUGAACAAAAUACUCUCCAAGAGCGAUGCAACGAAUAAGCGACUUGAAUUUCCAUCUAGGAGUCUCUGGGCCUUUCCCAUGCCUGAUGGUCAGAACUCGGUCGACUUCGUGGCAUUUGACAUGCUACAACAACAAUGGAGACUUAAGGUCUCCAUUCGCAAUGAAGGUGAGUAUCAGAAACCUUGGCUAAGGGCGAUUGGAAUGAAUACGUUCGUCAGAAAGGACUCAAGAAAGGAGAUAAAGUUAUCUUGA